CGGCAAAAACUCGCGGGUGAUUGUGCCAAUUAUUAAGAUAUUCGAAAGCACCUGCGAGACACUCGCGAGUUCCAGCAAAUCGCCAGAACAACAGCAGCAGAAGCAGCGCGCCAGCGCCGCAGCAACAAGCGUAGGCAAAAAGCAAACAAUUGGAUAAGCGCUCGCUCUGGCAGCAGCGGCAGAAGUAGAGAGAGAGAGAGAGGAAAGUGUUGGGGGCACGCUGCUUAAGGCUGAUAGAAACUCUUUAAGCGUUUAAACCUUGGCUAAAAGUUCAACAUUAUUACGUACAAAUAUUGUUCUUGUUGUGGCUGGCUGCUGUUGACGUGGGGGCAGAGCAGCACCAGUUGCAGCGCGAGCAGCAGCAGCAGCGUGUGAUCGAGAUUCUCGUCGGUUGUGGUUGUCGUUUUCGUCGCCGGUGAAAUGGUGUCGACUGUCGUUGCCCUCGUCGUAGCCGUCGCUGUCGCCGUCACCGUCACCGUCUCCGUCACUGGCUCUGCCACUGCCUCUGUCUACGUUUCUGGUGCAGAGACCACCGCAGUGACCAUGAAGCGAAAAAUGCUGUUCUGAAUUCUGUAAAUGUUGAAUAAAGUGAGAAAUUCAAUUGCACAAAUGCACAAAUCAGCAUGAAAAGAACAGAAAAGUGCAAUAAUAAAUCAAUUAAGUUUUUAUACGCGUAAUUAAAAGAAAUGAAAGCCCAAAACAGCUGAGAAUACCAAUCCAAUCAUAUUCCAUUUGUGCCCUUUAAAGCUUCAAAAGCAACAACAAAGAAUGUGAGAAAGAGGUGCGAAUGAGCCGAAGAGAGUGUGAAAAGAAAGUCAAGAAAAGUGCCUGCACCCAAAUGUGCUCUCAGUUAAGUUAAAUCCCCAUUGAGUCUUCCUGCCCUGCUGUGCCCCUCUGCUAAGCGCCAAAUGGUUCAACGGAUUUAAUUCCCCCAAAGCCCGUCUCCCACGUGGUUCAUCCAGUUGUUAACUCUCCUUGGGCUUCCUCAGUGAGCACACACACACACAUGCCUGGGAUUAGCAGCGGAUAGCGACUGGAAUAACCCAAACAAAACCCCAAAUUACAGCUGAAAAUAUUAUGGAAAAAGCGAAAGCGUAUAUCAAAAAUGAACUUCGUGGUGGCAUCCAGCCACAGCAGCAGCAGCAGCAGCAGCAGCAGUCCCUUCAAUCCGAGCCAGCAACCACGCCCACACCACCAUCAGGACGAGGUCCCUCUCCGGCCUCGUCCAAGCAGCAGCAGCAGCUGUAUCCACACUGCGAGCUGAUGCCCUCCCCAGGAGCAGCUGCAGCAGCGGCGCACCGAGCAAGGACACCCAGCGACCUUUACCACCAGCAUGCCGUGUCCCUGGGCUAUGCGCAGCAGCAGCAGCAGCAGCACUACUAUCCGGCCCAUACGGGGGUCAAGUCCACGGGUCGGGCAUCGGCGCCACCCGAUCACCACAUGGCCAUUUCCGUGUGCUUUGUGUGCGGCGGCCAGGGGGGCUACGAGAUGCAGGCCCUACGCGUGCGUCAGAGCCCGGAGAGGCCGAACGAGUCGUUUUUCCCGUUUCUGGAGCGGCACGAGCCGCCCCACGGGAUGGCCAGUGUGACGUCCAGCCAGGAGUAUGUGUGGGCCUGCCUGCUCUGCUUCCGGUUCCUCAACGAGCAGUGGGACGCGUACGAGCGCCACAAGAAGCCCCUGCUGCAGCGCAUCUAUCACAUGAAGCGGCUGGACGGCAAGGGCUACAUUGGGGCGGAUGUGGCCACCCAAAGCGAGUACGCGGCCCAGGUGCUGGGCCUCAGUGCGGAGCAUCUCGGCCAGAACGGGCUGGCGGAACUGCAUGGCAUGGAUCCCUACGCCCUGGCCCGCCACUAUUCCCCCCACCAGCCACCGGGGACGCCCACGACGACACCUCAUCACCUUAGUACCUCACGGAAUGCCUCACCCUCGCCCAUAUACGGUGGUGCGGGGGGUGCGGGUGACUAUUAUCCACGGACUGCCACCACGCCCACAAGCAACCACAACAGCAACAGCAACAACAACAACAACAAAUACCUGAGUCGGCCGCAGUCGCGGGACAUGCCAGUGGCCUCGCCCUCCUCGCGACCGCCCAGCGAACCGCCGGCCCCAAAGAGCAGCAGCGGUGGCUACUCCCAGCACAAAUUCAAGCCGGGCAACGCUCCCGGAGCGGCUGCAUCUCCGUAUCCGGGACAGUCGACGAGCUACCAUCCCGCCCAGUACCAGCAGCUGCAGCAGCAGACGGCGGCCUACCACCUGCUGCAGCAGGCGGCAGCGGGCGGAGGAGGCGGUCCUGAGCACCCGCAGGCCCACUACAAGGGCAAUCCAUACAGUGCGAUGCCCUCGCCAGGCAGCGCACACCUGGGGCCGCCCCCGACGGCCGGCCUGGAGGACGACAACGCCACUGUGCUGGACCUGCGCAACGUGAGCGCCAGCGUGAGUGCCUCGACAGCGCCGCGACAGAGCGCCGCCUCGGCCGCAACGACCAGUCAACCGCAGGCGGAAGUGGGCAUACUGGACCUCUCCAUGCCCGACAAGAACUCCAUCACGGAGGUGUGCUACGUCUGCGGGGACGAGCAGCGUCGCGGCAGCCUCCUCGAGCUGAGCACGGUGAAGUCCAAGGAGUCGCGUCUCGGCCAGUCCGUGGCCUACUUUCCGCUCUUCAACGAGCAGCAUCCGCGCCCCGCCCGCUCGCGGCCCAAGGAUCCGCGGGGCAUGAUCCAGGCCUGUCUUCCCUGCCACGAAGACCUCAUGCAGCAAUGGAACGCCCAGCAGGCCUCGCACAAACCGGAAUCGGAGCGUUCCUAUAUGUUGCGCAAACGUCCGACUCCAACAGCGGCAGAGAGAACCACCUUUGUGUGCUAUACCUGCGGCACGGACACGCCCUCGUCACAGCUGCGGCUCGUCUACUGCUGCCCCAAUGCCGAGCGGGAGCCCUACUAUCCGUUCAUCAAGACCAUGAAGGUCUACAAGAACGCUAGUCCCAUCAGUCCCCAGGGCAUGGUCCAGGUCUGCUCCAGCUGCAAUGAGAAGCACAGCUGUUUGGCCGAGGGUGGGCCUCCUGCCUCCGGCCCCGUCGGAAUCACAGCACAUCCUGUGGGCGGCUCUCCCAGUGCCGGACACUCGCUGGAGUCCAGCACGGCGCUGUAUAGUUCGAGUGGUGCGAUGGCCGCAUUUGGGGGUCGCAAUUCCCCAUCGGAAAAGUCGGUGGCCAAUUCCGAUUCCACCAGCAAUGUGCGGUUUAGGCCGUACGAGACGAACUCGAACAAUUCCAACUCGAACACGGCACGCGACCUCAAGCCGAUACGCCGCAGCGAUUCCCGGCCCAACUCCCCCAGCUCCAGCCAGGGAGCCAUCGAGAAUGGCCAUGGACAGUAUCCGUGCUCCAUUUGCAAAGUGCUUUGUCCGUCUAACAAAAUGGAUUGGCUGUCCACCAGUGCGGAGCAUAUGAAUUCCCAUGCCAUGCACUUUCCCUGCCUCAAGGCCAAUGCCGCUGCCACCAGCAAUAACAAUAAUAGUAAUAUUAACAAUAAUAGCAACAGUGGCAACAGCAACAGCAGCAACAAUAAUAAUAACAACAACAAUAACAACAACAACAACGAGUUGAACAGCAAUCGCGUGCUGGCCUGCAAGGACUGCAAGGAUUACUUGGCCAGCCAGUGGGAAUCCAUGGAUGCCGAACGUGUACCCCUAGAGCACAGAAGAUACAACAUUCCCUCGCCCAUGAUGACAUCCAGCUCACCGAACGGAUCUCGGCACGGCGCCAUGAGCAUCAAUACACCGCCCUCCACACCAUCCAUAUCAUCAUCGACGCCCGCCAGCACAUCAAUCUAUUGCUUCCUCUGCGGCCUUCACUCGGACCUCACUCUGGCCAGAGUCCUCUAUGCCAGCAAAGAGGGUUCGCGGCCUUAUUUUCCCCUGUUGCUGAAACACAAUACGCUGCCGAAUGCCGAGCAGCUGAGGAACAACUCGGCUUUGGUCUGCACCUUCUGUUAUCAUUCCAUGUUGAAUCAGUGGCGCAAAUAUGAGGCGCAAAGUCCGAGCGUGAAUCCGACGGAACGCAAAUACAAUUGGCACGACUACAACUGCCACCUGUGCGGCAUUACGACUUAUAGGAAGCGGGUGAGGGCCCUGCCCGUCAAUGACUUUCCAUUUGUGAAGCACCAGAAAAGCGACGACGGGCUGCUGCUGGAGAACGGAGAGUUUGCCGUGGUCUGCCUCGACUGCUACGAGAGCUUAAGACAACAGGCCUCGCAGCACGACCGCUUCGGGGUGCCCAUAUCUAGGCGGGCCUACAAUUGGGUGCCCCAGCCGCCGCCCCCGGAGGACAGUCCCGAGUCCGCAGUGGCACGUCUGCCCUGCGGCGAACGCUCUGAUCGCAUUCUCAUCAGCAAUGCCCUGAGGCCCGUGCCAGGCAAGAAGACCACGUCGCCCAAGCAGUACGACAAGUCAAAAGAAGCGCCACCCAAGGCUGGACAAAAGCGACCGGCAACCAGCCCGGCACCGCACAUCCCCGUGCCGCAUCACCUGCAGACGCCGCCGGGCUCCGGUGUGGCCGGAAGCCCGGUGCCCCCCACGCAGGGUAGUGGCCUGCUGAACCACGGCCUGCCCAGCAACCACAUCGGCACCCCCUCGCCACAGCAGCAGCACCAGCAUCAGACGCACCAGCAGCAGCAGCAGCAACAACACCAGCAACAGCAGCAGCAGCAGCAACAGCAGCAACACCAGGCGCAACAGCAGGCGGUGGCCGCUGCAGUGCAGCAGCAGUUGGCUGGCGUGGGGAUGCCCCCGGGGGCCAUAAGCGCGGCGGCAGCGGCGAACAGUCGCGGGUCUUUUGCGGCAGCCUUGCGGACUCUGGCCAAGCAGGCGGACAUCAAGGAGGAGGACGUGGGCGGGGACCGAAAUGUGCCCACAUCUGUGGCCCAAGGACCGCCGGCCACGUCGGUGGGCCAGGGGUCGAUGAAUUCAGUGGCGGGUCGCGGCGGAGCCGAGCGUGGCAUGGCCAACAGUGGAGGCGGGGACGACCGAAUGGGGGGCAGCAAGAAACGCUCUCCACCGUCGCCCCAGCCGCCGGAGAAGAUCGCCCGGCUGAGCCACACGCCCCAGAGCGCGGCCAUGCAGCCGGAUAUGCUGGCCCGGAGCGGCUUCCAGCCGUACAGAUCGGACGAGCGGCUGAUGCAUCCGGCGGGAGCCUUCCCCCUGGAGGCCUACUCACACUUUCCGGGCCUGCCGGGGCUUCCACCAGCAGCAUUCUUGAACCCCGCGGGACUGCAGUACUCGGAUCCUCUGUACUUGGAGCAUCGUUACCAGCUGUUCCGCGCCGCCGGUGCCCAUCACACCCAUCCCCAUGCGGCCGCCCUGUACCCGCAGAUGGCGUCGCCCUACUCGCACCUGUACUCGAUGAUGCCCGGAGCCGCGCUGGGCAUCUCGCCGGCCAUGCACGACCGCAUCAAGCUGGAGGAGGAGCACAGGGCGCGCCUGGCCCGCGAGGAGGAGCGCGAGCGGGAGAUGCAUCGCGAGAAGGAGCGCGAGAUGCGGGAGAAGGAGCGUGAGAUGCGCGAGCAGCGGGAGAAGGAGCAACGCGAGAAGGAGCAGCGCGAGCGGGAGCGCGAGCAGCGGGAGAAGGAGCAGCGCGAGCGGGAGCAGAAGGAGAAGGAGGCCCGCGAGCGAAAGAUGCGCGACGAGGAGCGGGAGCGCGACCGCCAGCAGCUGCUGAACGCCUCCCACCACUACUCCAGUCAGCUCUACUCGCCCCUCAACCGCACCCUGCUCGGCAACAUGAUUCCCCACCUCAACUUGAGCCUACGCGGUCCGCCCGGCUCCCUGCACGGCCUGCCCGGAAUGUCCCACUACCAUGCGGCGGCGGCCAAUGCCCAGCGGCAGAGUCCGCAUGCGGCCAUGGGCCUCAAUCUGGGCAUGGCCGGACUGCCAGGCGUGGCCGCACUGGGCGGACACGGGCCCAAUCUGCAGCACCAUCUGCAGCAGGCGGCCAUGGGGCUGGGCCAUCCGGGAGCGCCUGGUCUGCCACACCCAGGAUUCUCGGCAGCCGCCCUGGGACUGAGUGCGCAUCCCCACAGCCUGAACCUGAGCCAUCCACACAUGUCCCCGCAUCACCCCGCCUCCAUGGCCGCCCACCAGCUGCCCCCGCACACGUCGUCGGCAGGUGGAGGAGUGCACAGCAACUCCAUUCCGGUGACCGCCGGCUCCAGCUCGUCCGCAUCCUCGCCGCACAGCAGCCUCAACCUGACGGCCGCCGUUAAGCUGAGCUCCGACCAGCAGGCGGCCACCUCGACGCCCAGCAGCAUCAGCAUCAGCAGCAGCGGAGGGGCCCUCACCACCUCGACGGCCAGCUCGCACAUGGCCACAAUGAGUCACUACUACCACCACGGCCACCUGGCGGCCAUGCAUGCGGCGGCGGCGGCUGCCAGCGGCCUCACCCCGACCGCUGCUCACCAACAGCAGCCCCUGUCGCAUCCCAGCUCGCCCAAGAUUACGCCACCCAUCGCCGGAUCGGCUUCUUCCAACGGAGGACGUGCCGGGGGCAGUCCACACGCAAUGAGGCAUCACCUGGCGGCUGUAGCUGCGGCCGCCCAGCAGUCGGCCAUGAUAGUAGAGAAGGCCGCUGCGGUUCCGAUCAGUCAUGAGCCGGCCACCCUUGACCUUACCGGAUCCAACUCCAACUCUAGCAACAACCAGACGUCCUCCAACGCCAGCAGUAGUCAAGCAACCACAACCAACCACGAGCUGAACGGAGUCGAUUCCAAUGGAGCGUCGCAGGGAGAGACCAAGGAGCAGGGUCCAGCAAUCAAGGAGGAGCAGACCUUGAAGAGCUCUCCACCCCCGGCGGCCAUCGAAAAGAAGCCGGCCACCCCGAAUGCAGCCCCCGAGAAGCCGGACAGCUCGCCGGAGAACUCUUCGCGACGCAGUGCCAGUCCAACCUCGGAGACCAACACCUCGCUCCCGGCGGUUGUCAGUGGCGUCACUGCAGCAGCAGCAGCAGCAGCAGCAGGUAAAAGCUCAGAGGAGACCCCAAAGAUUCUAGAGUCGACACCGACUCCCCCUGCCACUGGUGGGGUCAAGCCAGAUGCAGGCGAAUGUCUGAAGGAGAAGCAGCGCACUCGGUUAUCGGUGUCGCCGGCCCCGGCACCGGUGCCUGUUUCGGUUGUGGCUUCCUCGCCAGACACCGUCUCUGCUUCCGGGGGGGUUACCUCCACGACCAGUGGCAGCACAACUCCGCCGGUGGUCAGCAGCAGCACGAACAUAACGGGCAAGCCAAUCGCCACGAGCGACGAAGUGUCCACCAGUGCCAGCUCAAAAACAGGGCCCACAGACACAGAGCCAGUGGCAUCGGCGUCGGCUUCGGCAUCGGACAGCAGAUGAUCCCCCCGCCCGGCUCCGCUUAGGUUUAAGUUUGAAAGUCGCCUCGGAUCGAAACUAGUUAACAUCUACCUUCAGUAAUCUUAACUAAGCGAUAAUUUAGUUGUUAGUCGGAGAUCUUUUUAUUUAUACAAGAAUUUGUAAUGUAUUGCCAACGCUGGUUAGAUCCAAUUCUGAAUGUUUUAAUCCCUAAUCUUUAAUUAAUAUUAUUAUUUGCCCCUAUUUAAAUGUGAAGUAUAGUAUAUACCUUUAGAGAUUGCCUGAAUAAAUCCUUUUUGUUUAAAGUUAAA